AGAUGCAACAUAUACAGAUGAGAAAAAAAAUAUUUUAUUUAAAAAUAAUAUUCUAAAUGCGUUUCAUAAAAUGUCGAACAAAUGACUGCGAAGUUUUCCACAGUUCGACAUUAGCGUAGUGUAAACAAACAAAUGCGAUUCGGUGCUGUUCAAGCUGUACAGUUAUUUGUGGUGUAAUUUUUAACAAAUAUCAACAGCUGUUCGGUGUUUAGCAAUCACAACCGCGUCAGCAAUCGUAGGCACUUCCCACAGGCGGCUGAUCGUAUGGACGGACGAGAAUGAACGACGUUUUAUGCAGACUGUGUUUAAUAAAGUGUGAAGAAUUGUUAGGAAUGUACAUCACCUCGCCGAGCGGUGUACUGCGUAGUCUGCCGAAAAUCAUACGGGAAUGCAUCUCCAUCGAGGUGAACGAUCUCGAGCCGAACUUUUUCUCAAAGUUCAUAUGCAACGAGUGUAUCUACAAGCUGGAGCUGUUCUACGCAUUUCGGCAACAGAGUCUCAAAAGCCAGGAUUAUUACAAUGGGCUAAUACAAUACUAUCAGCAAUCAGUGCCUUGCUCGAGCAAAGUAUCAUUAGAUCCGACAGCUGACGCAUCACAGGUUCCCGGAUCGGUCGACAGCGUAUUUGAACCGGAACAGUCAGUCCAUUCGAACAAUGAGCUGGCAGACAUAAACUUCUCCGGAAACGAGUUUAUGAUGGAUGAAUCCGAGAAGAACCAGCUCAGUAAGGAUUACGAUGAUAUUAUUCGUAAUUUGCAGAAAGAAGACCUCGAUUUUACAACGAACGAUGGCGAACUAGUGAUGAAACAUGAUUUGGGAAUCUCCAUAUCGACAAAUGAUAGCAGAAUGAACAAACAAGUUGCACUGCAGCAAGAAUGCGCAAGCUAUCUUCAGCACGAUAGUGAUGUCCCGGUAAAUAUUGCGCAACCUGCAGAGCCGAGUGACAACGGUUGCUUCGACCCAUACAAUACGAUGGCCGUAGCGUGUGAUAAGGAUCUAAUUAACAGCAGCGCGCUCUCCGUAGAGCAGGACGAUGAUCUUAACUAUGAUGAUUUUGUAGGCAUCCAGACGACAUCGUUGGAGGAUAAUCGAGAGAUGUCUUUAUCCGAAGUGCACGUACAAGACAUAAUAGCGGACGUGUACAAUGUUACACCUGACAAGAUACAGUCAACGGAUGCAAUUUCAUCAUCACAGCAAAUCGCCGAUGUUCAGUGCAGUGAAAUUUCUGCCCUUCAGCAGAACGAUGGUUCGUACUUUUCCUUGGUUGACUUUAGUGAAACCGAAUUGGCAACCGCAAGUAGCAGUACAACCGUUGCAAACAGUACAGCAGAUAUAGCGAACGAUAAAACCUGCGAAAUUUGCUUCAAAACGUUCCGCACCAGACAGAAGCUUACGAUUCACCGAAACACUCACCUACGAUUGGCACCGUUCAAGUGUACGUUUGAGGGAUGCACUAAAGCCUUCAAGUCGCGCAUCGGGCUCGACGAACAUGUGGCCCGGCACACGAAUACUUUCGAGUUUAGCUGUGAUAUCUGUUCGAAGGGAUUCCAGCACCGUAGCUACCUGUCCGCCCAUCGACGCGCGCACAAUACGGAGCGAAACUUCCACUGUGCACUGUGCGAACAAACGUUCAAGUCGAAGCAAGCGUUACUAGAUCACAAAAAUCGUCGGCAUCUUGGUGUGAAACCGUUUGCCUGCGAGUUGUGUGACAAGCAGUACACGAAGAAUGCUCUGUUGGUGGCGCACAUCGAACAGCAUCACGGUAAGCGGGACGAUGUGACUACACGCUAUCCGUGCCAGGAGUGUGGGAAACAUUUCACAUCCAAAAGCUACCUGAAUGUACACAAGCGAAUACAUCGCAAUGAACGACCGUUCGUGUGUGAGGUCUGCAAUAAGGGGUACAUAACGCGGAAAGAUCUCGCUGUCCAUAUGACAAGCCACACGGGCGAGAAACCACUUACCUGUGACAUAUGUGGCAAGGCGUAUGCUCGCCGUAAUGCCUUAGACUGUCACCGCCGGACACACACCAAGGAACGUCCUUACGUCUGUGAUAUCUGUGGUCAAACGUUUUCCCAGGCAACACCUUUAAAGGUACAUCGGAAACUGCACGAGACGAUGGAUCACAGCAAAAAGCAAUCAACGAUGGCAGUCACCGAUGUUACGCCAGUGCCGAACCGGCAGUAGAUCGAUGCGAUCAAUAAACGUCCCUAGAAAUCGUA